GCAGUGAUGUGUAGGAUAGGGCCUUACCACCAUCACACCACAGUAAUAGUGGUUACUGCCGUCGAGCAGAUUAUAGAACAUAAAGAGGAAGGAAGUUUCUUUUUAGAGCGGAACGUCUGUCCUCUGCUGGCUGUGCAAACCACAGAGGAAGAUUUACUUUCUCUGAGGGAAGAAGAAUUGUUUUUUGAUGUGACAUUUCUUUCCUACAUUGUUCACCAGCCGAUGUGUUUUAUUGACUCUGAAGUCACACGGAGAGAUGACAGGAGCAGCGAUGAGUUUAACAGCAGCAGCAAGUGGAUUUGUUGUCCUUCUUCUCACUGUGCCAGUGGUACACGGUCAGGAUGGCUGGGGAGCUACUUACUCUCUUCGUAAGAUCUGUGCCUUAAAAGGAUCAACAGUGGAAAUACGCUGCUCCUACAGAUACCCACCCAGAGUGAAUGGCCAUGAAACCACAGUUGAGAGAAGAUUCUGGUUUACUAAAUUCCAGGAUGAAGAACCUGUGGAUGUGAGAACAGACUCAGCGUAUGCAGGUCGUGUGCAGUAUCACUGUGGUGAGAACGACUGCACUUUGACAAUCAGAGACCUGAGAGAGAGCGACUCAGCUCAGUACAAGUUCAUGUUCAUAACAAACCAACCAGGUGGUGCAUUUACUGGUUCACCAGGAGUCACUUUGUCAGUCACAGGUUUGCAGGUGAAGGUGAUCUAUUCUCCACGUCUGAAGUGUAGCAGCAGUUGUGAUCUAACUAAUCAUCCCUCCUACAUCUGGUACAAGAAUGGACAGAAAACUGGGGGAAAAACAAAAUAUCAUUCAGGUUACUUUUAUGAUGAAGACAGCGUUUCCUGUGCUGUAGAAGGACACGAGGAUUUACCCUCUCCUUCAGUGUGUGUCUAUGGUGAUUCAUGCAACAGAGUGACGUACACUGACAGAAGCAUCUGUGCCUUUAAAGGAUCAUCAGUGGACAUUUCCUGCUCAUACAACAGUUAUAGAUCUGUUACAUCUAAGUUCUGGUUCACUGCUGAAUGUUAUCGUUCGGGGAGUUAUUGCAGACAACCUGUGGACCUUAGUGAAGACUCCCUGUAUGCAGGUCGUGUCCAGGUCUUUGAAACAACGACAGGACGCUCCACUCUGAGAAUCAAUGACCUGAGAGAGAGUGAUUCAGCUCAGUAUCGCUUCAAAUUCAAAACGUAUUGGUCUGAGUGGCAGAGUGGUUUACCUGGUACAACUCUGACUGUCACAGAACCACGUGUACAGGUGGAGGUGAUCUGGUCUUCUACUGGUCCAACACUGGUUUGUCACAGCAGCUGUCUUCUUCCUGGUCGUUCUUCCUUUGUCUGGUAUGAGAAUGGAAACAUAAUCCAGGGAGAAACAUCUCAUUCAUUAAGACGACUCAUUGAUCCUGAGGACAGUUUUUCCUGUGCUUAUGAGGGUUACCGCUCUCCUCCAGUGUAUGCUCCGAGGGUUCCCACAGUGUGGGUGAGUCCCCCUGGUGACAUUAUGAAGAACAGUUCAGUGACUCUCAGCUGUAGCAGUGAUGCUAACUCCCCCACUGUGUACACCUGGUACAAAAACAACCAAUCACUGCUCAGGAAAGAACCACAGCUCGUCUUCAGCUCCAUCCAGUCCUCUGACUCUGGACAGUAUUACUGCACAGCUGAGAAUGAUCUGGGGAGGAGGACAUCUAAUUCUACCUUCAUUAAUGUGAAAUAUGGUCCACAGACGUCCACCCUGUCAGUGAGUCCCUCUGGUGAGAUAGUGGAGGGAAGUUCAGUGACUCUGACCUGUAGCAGUGAUGCUAACCCAGCAGCUGAUUAUACCUGGUACAAGGAGAACCAAACACUGCUUCAAGGACCAGAGGACAUUUAUCAUUUCUCCUCCAUCAGAUCUGAGGACAGAGGGACCUACUACUGCAGGUCUGUGAAUCAACAUGGACGCUCAGUGUCUUCACCUCUGUUCAUAGAAGUGUAUUAUGCUCCAAAGCUUCCCUCUGUGUCAGUGAGUCCCUCUGCUGAGAUAAUGGAGGGCAGCUCAGUGAAUCUGACCUGUAGCAGUGAUGCUAACCCAGCAGCUAAUUAUACCUGGUACAAGGAGGAUGAAGACUCAGCAAAAGCUUCAGGACAGAUCUUCACCAUCACCAACAUCAGAGCUGAGCACAGUGGGAGUUAUUACUGUGAAGCCCAGAACAGCAGAGGGCGUAAUAACUCCACCUUCCAUCUGACUGUUAGGGCAAGUAAGUCACGUCUGUGCACAAGUCAUUUACACCUAAAAGGUGCUGCUGGUUCAGUGAAAUCAGCAGCUGCUGGAUCAGUUGCUGUUAUUUUUCUGGCUCUCAUAUUCCUCUGUGCCUUCGUACUGUUUAGAAGAAAGAAGAUCUUGAAACAACCACCUGAGCCUGGAGAGGGACCAGACAACACAGCACAGCAGCAGGACGAACUCUUCUAUGCCAGCGUGAGCUUCUCUACAAACCGUCAGCCCAACAGACACAAGACAGGAGAAGAGGAGGAGGACGAGGAGGGUGUGGAAUACACUGUCGUCAAUGUGAAGAGCGCCACUGCUACGCCAGGGUGAGUCCAGAAUAACUGUCUCUGCUACACAGAAUUAAGACGUGGAGAGGCUGUGGAGGAUUCAUUUGCACUGUACAGCACCGUCAGCAAGAAACGCAGAGAAUCAGCGCAGCAGCAGUCUGUUAGUUUAUAGUGUUUCAGCAAAAGACAUUUCUCAGGACUGAAAUGUUCAACAAUGCAGCAUAUAAACAACACAUAACACACACACACAUAAACAACAACAAAACAAACCUGGCUUCUCGUACUGGGGCAGCAGCAAAGAUUGUCCUUCCUCAAAAAUGUCUCUAAAGAGAAAUAUUUUCCUUCUAGUGCUGGAAAAUCAUUUCCAAUGUCAUGUCAAGUACAUUUGUCUAUAUACAGUUUCUAUUUACAACCAU